AUGAACCGGGCCUGCUGCAUUAAGUCGGACACAGCCUGGGCACACUUGUGGCAUUCCAUAAUAUUGUUUCGGUGGCAUCUCGCCAUUUCCCUUCAGCCCAGUAGGAAUACAUUUGUUCGGUCAGCUGGACAAGCCAAGGGUCUUGGUCUCGAGACGGUCACACAAUAUCAACUUACCGGUCCGCUUCUCUUUGAUCCAACUGUCCACAUUAAUGCUUGGCUUGAAGCCUUUGUACCAAAAUUAAUUCUCUGGAUGCCAAAGAAAUAUCAGGCUGAACUCAAGCAAGAAAUCGAAGCCAAAACGCGGGCUCUUAAUCGAGCUCUGAAUGAAUGGAAGGAAAACGGGGGAAGUCGAGAAGAUGUGGACAGAUCUCUGUUUGCGCUGUUUAUUGCUGGUCGGGCAACGAAUAAUCGCCAGAUUGUUCAGUAUUUCGCUAGCCUACUUCGCCCCAAUGAUGGAGACGAUAUGUCGCCAUCUCCAUCGAUGCCCUCGACUAGUUACCAUAAUGGUUUUAUGCCGUCGCCCGAGCGCUCAUCGUCUAUGGGGAGAGACAGCGUGGAGGACACUACCGCGGGCACUGAGAGCUCUCGAUUGAAUAAUCUUCAGCCGGGCCCCGCUUAG